AUGGUUAUUUGUCAAGACUGCACUAAAAAUCCAGCAAAAAUAAAAACUUCAAAAGAUGGGCUAGUCAGAUGUGUGGAAUGUUUUAACCGGUGGUUUGAAGAGGACGUCCACAAAACCAUUAUGGAAACAAAAAUAUUUAAUUUUGGAGAGAGAAUAGGAAUUGGAGUAUCUGGAGGAAAAGAUUCGACAGUUUUAGCUGAAGUUUUAAAUAAAUUAAAUAAAAAGUAUUCUUAUGGAUUGGAGCUUGUACUUUUGUGUGUAGAUGAAGGAAUUGAAGGUUUUUUUUUAUUUUUAAGAGGAUAG